AUAGCUUCCAUGAUUGCGACGUUGCGGUGCCGCUGCAUCAGCUCCCAUUCUCACAAUGGCUGCCGCCGAUGUCCUGGCAUUCGAUCCGCCUUGGAACAGAUGCACCCAAUGGCCAACCCCCAGGCAACCGAAGCCAGGUACUCUCUGGAAUGAGCACAGUCUGCAGUCCCAGCUGCAACUCAUCUCUCGAGCUUGGAUCGGUGGUAGAGAGCAUCGAUCGUCCUCGAAAUGCACCUCGCAGCAGCGCAAACCACUAAUUGUGCCCAGCAUCUUCCUGCAGCGGCUCUCUCGACAUCAUGCAACACCCGCAGCGACCUCUUCCGUCCAUCAUGUCAUAAGACCUCAUCACGCCGAUUCGAAUGUUCGCCGAGUUGCACCACACGAUGAACCUCUCCAUCCACCAGCCGCGGCCCAAUCGGAGCGGCCCAGGCGACCCCGGUCUAGCUUCCUCGACGAUCCGGUUCUCAAUGUAAUCAUCGAUCUCACCUCUGAAGACGGUUUUGUCGCCUGCAAAGGCAAGAAAAACAAGAACAGAGGAGGAUCCAACGGCAAAUCCAGCAACAACAACAACAACAACAAACCUCCAGAGGAGCCCUCCAGAGAAGGCAGCCAGAACCCCGACGGAAAUGGCGGUGGGGAUCAGGGUGGUAGUGGUGGUAAUGCGGACCAGGGCGGAGCUGCAGGUGACGGAGAUACUAAUGCUGGUGGUGGCGGUGAUGGGGACAGGGAUAGCGACAAGGGUGCAAACAAUGACAACGCGCAACAUGAUUUGUCGGUGCCUCCCAAAGGCAGCGAAAAGGAUACCAAGACCAAAAAGGGCCCUGAGACCGAGUCUCCUCAUCCUCCAACCAACGCGAUCGACGACGACUCUCUUCACGACGUGAACCUCAACGACGACGGCGGCAAAGCUUCCGAUUCUGGGCUGCACGCGCACGAGUCCAAGAGUGGAUUUGGGGCCUGGAGUAGUAAAUUGGUGUCGCUUGUUGGUGGUGCCGCCAGCGGAUCCUUGAGUGGUUACGAUGCCCAUACCGACGCUGGCGACAAAAACAACAACCUCGAUACCAAUCCUUGGAGCGCCAGCGACUCGAAGCAGUCCAGCUCUGUAGCAUUUGCAGUCGCCGAUACCGAUGCGACACAGACAAAGCCUCAAACCCAAGUUGAGACGCCCCAGAAUGCUGUAGAUGGGGACGAUGACCUCUGGGGCUUUACUUCUUCUAAGAAAAAGAGCAAGAAGGUCAAUACCGCACUCAACUCCGUUGCUGCCACAGCGGCUCCAGGAGUGAACGACGGCCUCACCAAAGGCGACACCGAAAAGACACACAACAAGAAAGCAAGCGACCCGUCAGUUGAGGACGAAGUGAAGCCAGACCCCAUGCCGCCGCCCAAGGGGUCGUCCAGGCAGGAGGCGGAGCAGAAGAAAAAGCAGGAAGACGAGGGUUGGUCCUUUGGCUGGGGCUUUGGCAAGAACAAAAAGAAGGCCGAGGAGAGCGUGAAGCAGUCCGAGCAGCAAAUACCCGUUCCCCCGCCGCCUCCCCCUGCGCCACCUCCGCCAUUCGCAGCCCAGGCGGAAGCGGCUCUUCUCUCUGAGAAUGUAUGGGACUCCGUUCCUUCUGCAAAGGACAAGAAGAAGAAGAGGGACAAACUAGCGCAGCCCGACAUCAUAGCCGUCCCAGAGCCAGAGUCAAAAGCCAAGCUCGAGUCCAAGGAGCCGGACGACGACCUCUGGGGUUACCCUGGUAAAAAGCAAACCAAGAGGGAGAAGGAGAAGGAGGCGGAAAAGACCAAGGAGAAAGACAAGGACAAGGAUAGGAAGAAAUCGAAAUUGGCAACAUCCGACGAACCAGCUUCGGAGAAACCUGCUUCGCGCAUACCUCUUCCUAAAGACAAGCGACUUGGUGGGAACGAACCUUUGAUAACCGGCAAAGAAUCAUCGCGAAUCGCCAAAGAAGCGGUGGCAAACGGCAAAGCCAAGGAAGCAGAAGUCGAUAAAGGCCCAGAGGAAACGAAUGCCGGCGCACCCAAGACUGGGACUUCUGAAGAGGGUUGGAGCUUCUGGAGUUUUGCCAACAAGAUAAAGGGUGAUUCAAUUACCGGGUCUGGCGCUGACGAAGCAAGGGAAGGGUCAUCAAAGGCGGAAACGCAAAGCCCAAAGUCUUCGGGAGAACGCAUCGACGAGACGGACAAGGACAAGGACGGGGACAAGGAUAAGAAGAAGAAGAAGAGCUCAUCUUCUGACCCGUCCAAGGGCGACUCGAAAAUCGAAAAGUCCAAGCACGAAGACGUCUCGGGCUCCAAGAAGGACAAGAAGAAGGGGACCGCCGAUUUGGUUCAGCUAGGGGCCCCGUCCGCGGAUGACUCUAACAACUUAGGUCUGGACACGACCGACGCUUUCGGCAGCGAGAACUUCUUCGGCUCUUGGGGUAUCGGCAAGAGCGAUAAGAAGCGGAGAGACGUUGACGACUCGUCGUGGAAGCCUGAUGGCAUUGAGGAGCCAACCGACCACACCUCGCCCCAGGGCAAGAAGAAGCCCACUUUCAGGGGCGGCCCAGUGGAAGUUUUGGAUGAGACCACCGGUGAGAUUGUCCUGCCUGACGACGUAGAGGAGGUCAGGGACGGCAAGGCCGAGGGUGUCGACAGCUACAUCUGGACAAAGUCCAGCAAGGCGUUGUCGAGAUCUCAGAAGGGGGCCUUAGCUAUUCUACCUCCCCGUGCGCCCACACCCCCCUCGAUGCACUUUACUGAACCUGAAGAUGAAGCAGGAGAUGCCGAUGCCAAAUCGAAGCUCAAAUCAUCGAAAGACAGAGAAGCGGACAAGGUGCCCAAGCUGACCGAUAAGGACCUCAAGAGGCUUGAAAGGGAGAAGAAGAAGGCCGACAGGGAAGCCGACGAACGAUCCCGACAAGAAGAAGCCGAUCGAAUGGCGGAAGAGCAGAAGGCACUGGAACUCGCUCGCGAGGCAGAAGAAAAGGCCAGACUCGAGGAGGAAGCUGAAGCUGCGAUUGCUGCCAAGGAAGAGGCCGAAAUGGCUGCGCUGGUUGACAAGAAAGCCAGGAGGGGCAAAUUGACCAGGAGAGACCAGGAUAAGCUUACCUCCCUAAAAGAGAGUACCGCAAGCCGGGCCGAGAGACGAGCUGCGCGAGAAGCCAGAGCACGUGAGGCUGAGGAGCGUGCCGCCCAGGAACAGGCAGCCCGAGAAGCUGAAGAGCAAGCAGCUCGCGAAGCUGAGGAACGUGCUGCCCGAGAGGCAGAGGAGCUUCAAGCCAUCAUUGCCGAGGAACGAGCAGAAAUGAAAGCCUUGCUUACGAAGAAGAUCAAGAAGAACAACAAGUUGCCUCGGAAAGAAGAAGAAAGACUCACCCAACUUCAAGAAAACGCUGCAAAGCGUGCCAAAGAGCGUGCUGCUCGCGAAAUACAAGAUAGAGACUCCAAAGAGGCCGCAAAAGAGCAAGAGCCAGACGAGCCCCAGGCUGAGACUGUCGAAGAAGUGGAUGAUGCCGAAGCUGCAGUCGCCGUCCCAGCUGGAGACGGAGAAGACGUCGAUGAUGAGCAGCAACAGGCGCUCCGCGAAUCCGAGGAACAGGCCAUUCGGGAAGCAGAAGAGCGUGCGGCCGCUGUCGUCAAGGAAGAAGAAGAGGAACUGGCAACGCUGAUGGCAAAGAAAACGAAACGGGGCAGGCUUCUCAGGAAAGACGAGGAGAGGCUCGUUGCGCUCCAGGCCAAUGCCGCAAAACGGAAAGACGAAGCAGCCCAGGAAGCGGCACGAAGAGCCCAGGAGGAAGAGCGUGCCGCCCGCGAAGCCGAGGAACAAGCUGCUCGUGACGCUGAGGCUGCUGCCCAGGAAGCCGCCCGUCAAGAAGAAGAACGUGCCCGAGAGGCUGAGGAACAAGCCGCUGCUAUCCUUCGAGAAGAAGAAGAACUGGCUGCUUUGGUCACAAAGAAGGCCAAGCGAGGCGGUAAGCUUCUGAGAAAAGACGAAGAGAGACUUGUUCUACUCCAAGAAAAUGCUACCAAGCGGGCUGAUGAGCGAGCUGCUCAGGAAGCUGAGAAAGCUGCCCGGGAAGCUGAGGAGCAAGAGCGUGAAGCCCAGGAACGAGCGGCUGCUAUCGCCAUGGAAGAAGAGGAAAUAGCCGCUCUGAUAUCGAAGAGAGUGAAGAGAGGAGGGAGGCUCCUCGGAAAGGACGACGAGAGACUCGCACUACUUCAAGCCAACGCCACAAAACGGGCGGAAGAGCGCGCAGCCCAGGAAGCAGAACAGGCUGCACGAGAAGCCGAGGAGCAAGCCGCUCGAGAGGCUGAACAAGCAGCAAAGGAAGCUGAAGAACGGGCUGCGCGAGAGGCUGCAGAAGCUGCAGAGGCUGCCGCGAUUGCCAAGGAGGAGGAGGAGAUAGCCGAACUGAUCUAUAAGAGGGACAAUUCGUUCAUGGGCAUUUCGAGCAAAGGAGAGCAGCGACUAAAACUCCUUCAGGCCAAGGCAGCAAAGCGAGCUGAAGAAAAAGCGGCACGAGAAGCGGCUAUUGAAGAGGAGCGGGCAAGGCAAGAAGCUGAGCGUCUCGCACGUGAAGCUGAAGAGCAGGCCGCUCGGGAAGCCGAGCAAGCAGCCAGGGAGGCAGAGCAGGCAGCCAAAGAAGCCAAAGAGCAAGAGGAGCGAGAAGCCAGGAAGGCCGCUGCAAUUGCUAAAGAGGAAGAAGAAUUGGCGUACCUCCUCGAGAAGAAGGCCAAGGCAUACAAGGGCAGACUUCUCAAUCAGGCCGAAGAGAGAAUCAUCCAGCUUCAGGCCAACGCCGCCAGACGAGCCGAAGAAAAGGCGGCCCGGGAAGCUGAAGAGCAAGCGGCCCGGGAAGCCGAGCAGGCAGCCAGAGAAGCGGAGCAAGCAGCCAAAGAAGCCGAGGAGCUUGCCGCUCUGGAAGCAAAGAAACUCGCCAUGAUUGCUGAAGAAGAAAAGGCACUGGCAAUGCUACUCGAAAAGAAGGCCAAGUCGAAGCUGUCGUCCAAGGGAGAGGAGAGGCUGAAGAGUCUUCAGGCCAACGCCGCCAAGAGGGCUGAAGAGAAGGCUGCCCGAGAGGCUGAGGAACAAGCGGCCCGGGAAGCUGAGCAAGCGGCCAAGGAAGCCGAGGAGCAAGCUGCUCGGGAGGCGGCAGAGGCCGCUGCGAUCGCCAAGGAAGAGGAAGAACUCGCCUACCUCCUCGAAAAGAAAGCCAGGUCGUAUAAAGGAAAGAUGCUCAACCAGGCAGAAGAGCGGCUGGCCGAGUUGCAGGCGAAUGCCCAACGGCGGGCUGAAGAGAAAGCGGCACGGGAAGCUGAGGAGCAAGCAGCCAGGGAAGCCGAAGAGCGAGCCGCACAGGAGGCGGCAGAAGCUGCCGCAAUCGCCCAAGAGGAGGAAGAGAUUGCCCUUCUACUCAAGAAGAAGGCAAGCUCCUUCAAAGGCCUGUCAAGCAAAGCCGAACAACGGUUGAAAGAGUUGCAGGCCAAUGCGGCAAGGCGAUUGAAGGAGAAGGCCGACCGAGAGGCUGAGGAGAAGGCCGCUCUGGAAGCUGAGCAGGCGGCCAGGGAGGCAGAAGAGCGGGCCGCCCAGGAGGCCGCAGAGGCUGCAGCGAUCGCACAAGAAGAGGAAGAAAUGGCAGCGCUCCUCGACCGAAAGGCCAACUCAUUCAUGGGCUUGUCAAGCAAAAAUCAGAGGCGUUUGGACGAGCUUCUGGCAAACGCUGAGCAGCGGGCAGCUCGUAAAGCCGAAGAACAAGCUGCAUACGAAGCAGAACAAGCUGCAAAGGAGGCAGCAGCCAUCGCCGAAGAGGAAAAGGAACUGGCCGAUCUGCUGCACAAAAAGGACAGGAAGGGCAAGCUGUCGAAGAAGGACACUGAACGAUUGACUCAUCUUCGAGACAACGCGGCGAGAAGAAAGGAAGAGCAGGCCGCACGCGAAGCCGAGGAAGCCGCCAACGCCAAGCAAGACGACGACGAUGGAGACGAGGAUGCCCUUGAAGAUGGCGAUCACGCUAACGACAAUGAUGACGAUGAUGUCGACGCCGAUGAUGACAACGAGGAUAUUGAUGCCAACGACGAAAAAGAGGCCAUCCGCCUGGCUGAAGAAGAAGAGGCGGCCCGCGAAGCCGAGGAGCAAGCAGCCCGAGAGGAAGAGAUGAGGGCUGCUCGCGAGGCUGAGGAAAAGGCCGCACAGGAAGCUGAAGAAGCCGCGAGAAAACUGAAGAAGAGCUCCAAGAAAGACAAGAAGGACAAGGACGACAAGAAGGAUAGGAAGGACAAGAAGGACAAGAGGUCUCGGGAUCUCCCGUCCGAACCUGAAGCGGAGCCGGUUGUAGUGGAGGAAAAGGCAGAAGCAGGGACCAAACCGUUCCCUGAUUUCGACUUGAGCCCUGCUGAGAUUGAAGAGCUGCUUGCGCCCAAGGAGAACAACGCAUCAGGUGCGUUCAGCUUCUGGGGCCUAGGCGGCAAGAAGUCGAAGCCCAAAGAGGAACCAGAGACUCGGUCGGUUGAGGAUACGUCUCUGAAAUCCUCAGAGCAGCCGAAAUCUGUCGGCGGUAGAAUCGCCCAAGGCCUCAAAGCUUUCCAUGAAGAACCGGAAGAAGUAGCCGAUCCCGCCCAUCCACCAACCCCCCCACCGGCAUCAGACUCGGACAAAGAAGAGGAACCCGCGGAAAGACAAGACAAAGAAGCGGCAGAUGAUGAACAGGUGGCUAGAGAAGAACCAGCAGCUAACUUUGAACAGGCAACCGAAGCUUUGCAGUAUGGAGAGGAUGUAGAAGAACAGCCAACCGCUAAGAGGGAGCCCCCACGAGAAGAUCGUACCCGCCGACGGAGAAAGGUGGAGGAGCCCAUCAUCGCGGCAGACAGAGACCUUCCAAGGAGGCACCGUAGGGUCUCUGAUGUUCCAGGUACCUUCCCUGACGAGGAUGACGAAAACGAGAUUGUUGCCAUCGUCGAUGAAGGUCCAAGAAGAGAGAAAGACAGCGCAAAGCGGCACAAAAAGCGACGUCCCAGAGAGGAUAUGGCAGUACCGUCUCCUCCUCCUCCAAUGGUCCCGAUGCCGCCUCCUCCUCCACCUGCGGUUCCUGAUCCGCCCUUGACGCCGCCCCCGGAGCCGAAAACGUCCAGAAAAGAACGGUCGAGAUCCAGCCGAGAAAAGGAGAAGUGGCCCGCGGUGGAAUCCCCUCCACGCAGGGAAAGGGAAGAGAAGAGAUCGUCGAAGCACAAGUCGGAAAAGUCGUCCAGACGGGCACUCGAAAAGACGUCCUCCAGAGACUCCACUUCAGACAGGGUGGAGCGAUCGGAAAAGCCGUCAAGAUCAUCAGGACGAGACCGAGUUUCGGGAAUGUUCAGCGGUAACCCCCCAACUCGAUCAAUGUCAAUGCGAGAAAAGGAGAAGCGACCGGGUAUGAAUGGGAGCAGCAAGCCGUCCCGGAGACACUCCGUCCAUACCCACGGUCUUGCUUCCCCCCCUCCAGAAGAGGUCCUGACGUCAAAGGCGGCCAAAACUCUCGGCUUCGACAAAUCGGGCUCAAAGAGGAGAUCUCGCAGGCCCCAGGAUGAUGAGGAUAUUGUCAUGACGGGCGCUCUCGAUGCAGAUGCCGACGCUGAUGCCCACGCGCCUCACGGACACGAGAGACAUAGAAGCAAAAGAUCCCGCGAUGAGGACAUUCUCCCAGUGGAGCCUCCCAGCCCGGAGCGGCCAGACAGGCGAGGAACGUCAGCUUCCAAGAAGACCGGGCUGUCUGGGCUAUUCAGCGGCUUCAUGACACCCAGAGCGUCCAAGGUUGAGACGGGGGUAGACUUUGAUGUGCCUAUGGCGGACACUGAUCGAGAAGGUCCUCGAGUAUCAAGCCGGAAGACCAGAAAGUCAGAGCGAGAAGCAGAGCGGCCUUCUGAGGACCGCGAACGGAGACGGAAGCGCAGAGACGAUAGCGAGACCCGCAAACUUGAAGAAAAGGAGGCCCGGCGUGAACGCCGUGCUGCUCGCCAGCGCGAGGAAGAGGAGCGGCGCGCGGCGGACGAGCGAGAGGCUCGGAGGGCUGAGCGGCGCCUUCGUAAAGAAAGAGAGAAGGAGAAGGAGCGGGAGCGGGAGAGGGAGAGGGAGAGGGAGCGAGAAGAAGAGGCUGCGAGAGCAGGCAAGCGGCAGCGUCGCAGAUCGCAUGCCGAUCCAACCGAUGAUGAAGCUGCUGAGCGCCAGCGUAGACGAGAAGCGAAACGUGCCGCAAGGGCUGCUGAGGAAGAAGCGGCGGCGGCGGCAGCGUACCGGCAGAGGAAGAGCAGUCGUCGAUAUACCGAACCGACGACGGAUGACCAUGUCUACCCGGCCAAGGAACGUCGACGUGACGGCAAGAGAGCAGCUCCGGCGGCUUGGCCACACUCCGGAACGUCGUCAUGGGUUAAGGAGCAUUCUGACCCCCCUCCGCAUCACGAUGAUGCUGGACAUACGACAGAUGCGAUGCCGCAUACUGAAGACGAACAUGCCCGACGAGAGGCGCGGCGCGCAAGGCGGAGAGCCAAGCAAGAAGAAGUGGCCGUGGAAGAUGCAGACGAGAAGCGCCGGCGAGAGAGGCGCGAGCGACGAGAGCGGGAGAAGCGCAAUGGCCCAUCUGAGGGCAGCGAUGAACGCCAUCGCAGCCGACGAAACUCUGCGGCGGCAGCAGAGCCGGCGCCUCGAAGCAGCUGGUGGAGGAGGUUUGGCUGA